CGACACCACCGAUACCCGUCGUCAUUCAUCCUGGGUUAUCGAAACACAGAGACGGGGUUGGACAGCACCGUGCUAACAGAUCCUCGUCAUGGAGCUAGCUCACAGUCUGCUGCUCAAUGAAGAUGCCUUGGCCCAGAUCACUGAAGCAAAGAGGCCCGUCUUCAUCUUCGAAUGGCUCCGCUUCUUGGACAAAGUGCUUGUGGCUGCAAAUAGGGUGGAUGUGAAGGAGAAGCAGAAGAAGCUUGUGGAGCAGCUAACAGGACUGAUCAGCAGUGCCCCUGGACCACCAACAAGAAAACUACUGGCCAAAAACCUUGCUACCCUCUACAGCAUUGGCGACACCUUCACUGUUUUCCAGACACUGGAUAAAUGCAACGAGAUCAUCAAAAGCAAGGAUGACACACCUGCAUACCUGCCAACAAAACUUGCUGCAGUGGCUUGUGUUGGAGCUUUUUAUGAGAAGAUGGGCAGGAUGCUGGGGAGCUCCUUUCCAGACACCAUUAAUAAUCUUUUGAAAGCAUUAAAGAGUGCAGAGUCCCAAGGCAGAGGAGAGAUCCUUCUCAGCCUGCAGAAAGUGCUCAGCGGACUGGGUGGAGCUGCAGCUUCAUGUCACAGAGAUAUCUACAAGAAUGCCCGCUCUCUACUCACAGACAGGUCCAUGGCUGUACGCUGCGCGGUAGCAAAGUGCCUGUUGGAGCUCCAGAAUGAGGCAGUAUUCAUGUGGACCACAGAACUGGAGAAUGUGGCCACAUUGUGUUUCAAAGCGCUGGAAGGAUCUAACUAUGGGGUUCGAGUGGCAGUGGCCAAGCUGCUGGGCACAGUCAUGGCCACUGCCCUGAUGCCCAAACAAGCAGCUGUGAUGCGUCAGAACGUGAAGCGGGCCACUCUGGAGGAGGUGCUGGAGCUAAUGGCCACAGGUUUCCUGCGUGGUGGAUCUGGCUUUCUGAAGAGCGGAGGGGAGAUGUUGAAGGGGGGAGGCUCUGUCAGCAGGGAGGUGCGGGUGGGCGUCACACAGGCCUACGUUGUGUUUGUGACUACACUUGGUGGUCAGUGGCUGGAGCGCAACUUUGCCACAUUCCUGUCCCACGUUUUGGACCUGGUGUCUCACCCACGGGCCACGCAGACACAUGUUGAGGCUGUGUACUCACGCCGCUGUGUCUCCUUCAUGCUACGUGCCACCCUGGGGGGCUUACUUGGAGAGAAAGCACAAAUCGCAGCCGGCAAAGAAAUCUGCCAAGCCAUCAGCAAGCAAAUGAGGGCUGUGGAGGCAGUUGUGAAUGACAUCAGUGGAGAGAACAAGGCCGGAGCGGCUGAUGUCUCUGCCAGUCAGCAUGUUAUGGUGUGUGCCCUAAAAGAGCUGGGCAGUCUGGUUCAGAGCUUGAGUGCCACAGCUUCACCCCUCAUCCAGGAGCCUUCUAUAGGACUCCUUGAAACUGUCACCUCAGUGCUGCUACACCCUAGCAUGGCGGCACGUUUGGCGGCCGCGUGGUGCUUGCGGUGUGUUGCCGUGGCACUUCCGUAUCAGUUGACCCCACUGCUGGACCGCUGUGCAGAGAGAAUCAACAACCUGAAGAGUUCACCUGAGGCCGUGAGUGGCUACAGCUUUGCAAUGGCUGCUCUGCUGGGAGGCGUACACCAGUGUCCACUCGGCAUCCCCCACUCCAAGGGCAAGUUGGUGGUGAGCAUAGCUGAAGACCUCCUGCGGACAGCUGCUCAGAAUAGCCGACUAUCCCUGCAGCGCACACAGGCUGGAUGGCUGCUGCUGGGUGCCCUCAUGACUCUGGGACCGUCCCUUGUGCGCUAUCACCUUCCCAAGAUGUUGCUGCUGUGGAGGAACGUGUUCCCUCGCUCCCAGAAGGAGCUGGAGGCAGAAAAGGCCAGAGGAGACUCCUUCACCUGGCAGGUCACCCUGGAGGGCCGAGCAGGAGCACUUUGUGCCAUGCGUAGUUUUGUGGCUCACUGUCCCGAGCUGCUCACAGAAGAUGUGAUCCGUAGACUGAUGACUCCCAUUGAAUGUGCCAUGACCAUGAUGUCUCAUGUACCUGCCAUCAUUAAGGUCCAUGGCGCUCACCUGAAAGCAAGUGCAGCAAUGGUGAGGCUCAGGUUGUACGACAUCCUGGCUCUGUUGCCCCCGAAGACCUAUGAAGGCAGCUUCAAUGCCCUCCUGAGGGAGCUGGUGGCAGAGUUCACUUUGACGGACAACUCGGCUAACACUACCACCUCCUUGCUGCGCUCGCUCUGUCACUAUGACGACAGUGUACUCAUGGGUUCCUGGCUACAGGAGACUGACCACAAGUCCAUAGAGGAUCAGCUGCAGCCCAACAGUGCGUCUGGCAGCGGAGCUCUGGAACACGAUCCCUCCUCCAUCUACCUGCGUGUCCCUGUAGGCGAGGCCAUCCCAGGGCCUCUCCCUUUGGGUGUGUCAGUCAUCGAUGCUUCAGUGGCCCUUUUUGGUGUUGUUUUCCCCCACGUGUCCUUUAAACAUCGGCUGCAGAUGCUAGACCACUUUGCAGAGUGUAUAAAGCAGGCCAAAGGAGUUCGGCAACAAGCAGUCCAGCUGAAUAUCUUUACUGCAGUGCUUAGUGCCCUCAAGGGUUUGGCUGAGAACAAGAGUACUUUGGGCCCUGAGGAGGUGCGUAAGUCGGCCUUGGCCCUGGUGAUGGGAGCAUUGGACAAUCCCAACCCCAUCCUGCGCUGUGCUGCCGGAGAGGCUCUGGGCAGGAUGGCUCAGGUGGUGGGAGAGGCUACCUUCAUCGCCAGAAUGGCCCAGACCAGUUUUGACAAACUGAAGUCGGCUCGUGAUGUGGUAUCAAGGACAGGCCAUUCACUGGCUCUUGGCUGUCUGCAUCGAUACGUUGGGGGAAUUGGCUCAGGCCAGCACUUAAAGACCAGUGUCAGCAUCCUAUUAGCUCUGGCCCAGGAUGGAUCCUCUCAUGAGGUCCAGACAUGGGCUUUGCACUCUCUGGCUCUGAUUGUGGAUUCUAGUGGGCCCAUGUACAGAGGCUACGUGGAGCCUACACUGUCCCUGGUACUCACCCUACUCCUCACCGUGCCCCCGUCUCACACAGAGGUGCACCAGUGUUUGGGCCGCUGCCUGGGAGCUCUCAUCACUACUGUGGGACCAGAAUUACAGGGAAAUGGAGCCACUAUCUCCACCAUCCGCUCGUCCUGCCUGGUGGGCUGUGCCAUAAUGCAGGACCACUCUGACUCCCUUGUGCAGGCAGCUGCCAUCUCAUGCUUGCAGCAGCUGCACAUGUUCGCUCCACGCCAUGUCAACCUGUCCAGCCUGGUGCCCUGUCUCUGUGUAAGAUAUAACGAGUUUCAAGCUACUAAUACAGUAGUUAUAGUUUGUUCUUAUAUUUAUCCUAAUUUCCUACUGUACUGUGGGUUGCAGGUGCACCUGUGCAGCUCUCACCUGUUGCUCCGUCGUGCUGCUGUGGCCUGCCUGAGACAGCUCGCUCAGAGAGAGGCUGCAGAGGUCUGCGAGUAUGCCAUGAGCCUGGCGAAGAGAGCAGGAGACAGCAAAGACCCUACAAUCAAUCUGAACAUCACAGAGACCGGUUUGGAGGGCGUUCUUUUUGGCAUGCUGGAUCGGGAGACAGACAGGAAGCUGUGUUCUGAUAUCCAUGACACACUGGGCCACAUGCUGUCAUCGCUUGCUGUGGAAAAGCUUUCUCAUUGGCUGAAACUCUGCAAGGAUGUCCUGGCAGCAACUACAGAUGUAGGAGGAGCCGUUGUAUUCGAGGUGGAGAAGGAUGAGGAAGACUCUGAGAAAAAAGAUGAGAUGGAUGACGACACCAUGUUCACAGGCCUGGGUGAAGAUGACAAAUCCAAGCCCUCCGUGGCGCCGCGCUGGGUGACGAGGGUAUUUGCCGCGGACUGCUUGUGCCGCAUCAUCCUGUUGUGUGAAAAUGACAAAGCACACUUUGACCUGGCAGCUGCCCGCUCUGCACAGGCCAAGAACCCCAAAGGGGAUCAGUUGGUGCUCCAUUUGUCUGACCUCAUCCGUAUGGCCUUCAUGGCGGCCACAGACCACAGUAACCAGCUGCGGAUGGCCGGCCUGCAGGCCCUGGAGGACAUCAUUAAAAAGUUUGCCUCCGUACCAGAGCCAGAGUUCCCAGGGCAUGUUAUCCUGGAACAAUACCAGGCCAAUGUUGGAGCUGCCCUCAGGCCUGCGUUUUCACCUGAUACACCGUCUGACAUAACGGCUAAGGCAUGCCAGGUGUGUAGUACGUGGAUUGGCAGUGGCGUUGUGAGUGACCUCAACGACCUGCGGCGAGUCCAUAACCUGCUUGUGUCAUCGCUGGACAAGGUGCAGGCUGGGAAGGGCUCAUCCAGUCAGCUGUACAGUGAGAGUGCUACCACGAUGGAGAAACUGGCUGUGCUAAAGGCAUGGGCCGAGGUGUAUGUGGUGUCGAUGAAGAUCAAGAAAGAGGCUGAGUCGAAGCCUGCCAGACCAGUCCGAAGUGCAGACGACGACGAGGAUGAGGACGAUCUGGGAGCCGACGUGCUUCCACCUGACAGCCUCAUCACUUUGGUGCAGCCAGAGCUGCCCUCGCUGAGCCGCCUGUGGCUGGCCAUGCUGCGAGACUACGCCCUGCUCACUCUGCCUGCUGAGUUUUCCAGCCAGCUGCCCCCUGACGGCGGCGCGUUUUAUACGCCAGAGACUAUAGACACAGCAAGGCUCCACUAUCGCAGUUCUUGGGCCCCUGUCCUGCAUGCUGUGGCUCUGUGGCUGAGCAGCACUGGGUUUGGAGCUGGUGAAGAGAAAGAGGAGAUCCCCUCAGCUCCCUCCAAGACACCUGCCCUCCCUCAAGGAGCCUCCUUGACCACAAAGACCUUUGAGGAGUCGGUGGAAGACAGGAUGCAUCUAAUGUUGGGUGUCAGUAUAGAGUUUCUUUGCUUCCCCCGGCCCGAGGAGCCCAUUGAACAUGUGAUGUCCUGCCUGCAGGCACUGUUCACUCUGCUAGAAUCUCCAUGUGCAAAGACCCACAUCGCAGAGGACCAGCUGUUGGCAGUGGAGCUCCUGAACGUGCUCCACAGACUGCUGCUGACCCGGGAUCCUCCUGCUGUACAGCUCCAGGUCACUGCUGUCGUACAGGAGACCAUCAGGGCUGCGCAGGACCAUCUGCAGCGACAGAGGACCACCAAGGGCAAAGAGGAAGAAGGCGAGAAAGACUCUCAGCCCAGCCUAGGGGAAGGAGGAGACACAGGAGAGCUCGUCCCUGGCAAGUCUCUGGUGUUCGCCGCCAUGGAGCUGCUCGUGUUCAUCCUGGUCCGCCACUUACCACAGCUUAAUACACGUGUGAAGGAGUCACCCAGCCAUGUGCCACUCAGACCUCAGCGGCUACCCGAAGAAAGUGCACGCCUGGUGGCGAACACAGUUUCCAUCCUGGCAGAACUGCCCUCCCUCUGCUCUCCUGCUGGAGGCAUGACCAUCCUACCUACGGUGCUCUUCCUAAUCACGGGUGUGCUGAGGGAAACUGCAGUUAAGACUGCUGACAACUCGGUGCCUGUGCCCGUGUCAGCCGCCCUGCAGGGCAUCAAGACCAUCAUCACCUCCCCACUGGCCCGGAUGGAGAGCAUGCAGACACAGUGGACUGGCCUCGUGAGGAGCAGCCUGGCGUCUGUACUCGAGCACUCACAGCCAGACGAGUCCAGGCCUGACAUGGAUGAGGUCAGUAUGCUGACAGCCAUCACGCUCUUCCUGCUGUCUGCCAGCAAUGAACUUGUUGGAGUAACAGUCCUACAGAAGGGCUGCAUGGACCGCUUCCGAAAUGCCCUCAACUCUAGUGAUCCCUGGGUCCAGGCACGGUGUUACCAGCUUCUGUUAUCAGUGUUUCAGCACUCCAAUCGUGCCCUGUCUACUCCGUACAUCCACGCUCUGGCUCCACUCAUGGUGCAGAAGCUGAAGGCAGUGGAGCGCAGUCGGCCAGGGACCGCUGUGGAACUGCAGGCUGUGCAGGAGGGAAUCAGGGUCCUGGAGAAUCUGGUCAACAUGGGUGAAGAGCAAAACCGGGUGCAGUUGCUCGCUCUUCUUGUACCAACUCUCAUCUCCUACCUUUUGGAUGAAAAUGCUAUCUCCUCUGCACCCCAAGUCUCCAAGAGCCUGCAUGAUUUUGCCCUUCAGAACUUAAUGCGGAUUGGGCCCCUCUAUCCAGCUGCCUUCAAGAUAGUAAUUGGUGCCGCACCUGAGCUUAAAAUCCGUCUGGAAUCUGCUAUACGGGCCAACCAGGCCAGCAGUAGAGCCAAAGAUGCAGCCAGGCAAGCUCAGCCAACUGUGCAAGCCGCACCAACCAUCAAACUCAAGAAGAGCUUCUUCUGAACUCUCCCAGAAUGCACUGUACACUCUCGCAGCCUAGUUUAAUGUUGUCUUUUUUGGUCCGUUUUGUUUUCUGUCAACAGAGCAGCACCACGUCAUGUCUACAUCAACUGGAGUUUCUUAAGAGUAUUUAUUUAUUCUACAUCUUAUCUUUGUUUCUGAUGGAUGAGAACUCUUGUUGAAGUCAAGGAGGCAAUGCUGUAAAUAUCAUUAAAAAGUAUUUGAAUGUUGACUUUACUAAAAGCUCACUUUAAAAUCUGUAGAAAAUUUUGAUUGUGUGAAUGUAUCAUUUCCGGACUUGAUGCACAUUUAUAAAGGGAUACAGUUUACAUUUCUGUUUUUCUGUAGGUUUCUAUUUAAUUUUUAUUUUUUUGAUCUUGUCCUUUUUGUCUGGUCAUCCUCCGUCACUAUCCAAAAAUCAAUGUUUAUACUGUGCCAUUUUUCUCUGUGAUUUUGCAUCACCAUGAACAUGGCUUAUUCCUUUAGAUUCCAAUCAUGCAUGUUGAAUGGAGUUGGUUCAAUAUGUGGCCUUCUGGUCUGCUGAUUGUUACUGAUGUGAGUUUCUUUAUUUGUUGCUUUUUCUUUUUCUUUUUUUUUUUGAAAAGUUGUUUUGCUCUUACAUUAUGUUGUAUACAUUCCUACUACAUGUUCUUAAACAUAACUGAGAAUUUGCUUUUGAUCAUUAUUUUGAGCCCAGAAGAUUUAGAUUUUAUUAGAACCCUUUGUACAUUUAAUGCAUCGUGCUUUCAAAUUGUUUUUUGGCAGAAAUUGUAUUUCUCACAGAGACAGUUAAAGUCUGCUGAUAAAUCGGGGAAUAUGAUUAACAAGUACAUUAGUUAAUGUGUGUGCUGCAUAUCAUACAGAUGGCUUUCUGCUUAGAAAUGAUUUUUGAUCCAUAUCUGUUUAUGUGUAAUAGCUACAUGAAUGGGUCUGCAUCAGCUACCAUCAUAAAAGUGGCAAAUUUGUUGAAAUGGCCCUAUGUAAUAUUCCACCCUCAUUUCUUUGAGAUGUGAAUAAAGUUGCUUUGACAUCAUGGUGCUACCUGUAUUUGGUUACACAUUUUUACCUAGUUUGGGGAAUAAAUACUGAUGCCGGAUCUGUAACAGAA